AUGGCAUUCAAUGCGAGCAAUGAAGCUCCGAAAGUGCCCAAGCUCAAUGCUACCCAAGAGCACUUCUUCAAAAAGUACCUCGUGGAGCAUCGGCUAGCAGAAGAACUCCGAUACAUGUCUAAACGAGAUUGCUGUGGAUAUUUGGGGCCACCGUUUCGAGUCAAUAAUGAUCAAAAAAAUACCAAUCCGGUGCCCAUGCUUCGAUUCUUCUUCCAGAACUAUGUCAAGACGUUUCCGUUUAUUAUGAUGUGUUCUCUGGAAGAACAGCGUGCAUUUUGGCAGGAUACUGUGCAGCCGUUCGUGGAGAGUUUGAAUCUGAAGCAGUUAUCAGAUUCUGGCGAAAGGGCAGAAAAUGUCACCAAGAGACGCCAGGUGAAUAAAAAGUUGUUAUCCGGGCUUGUUUUGUUCUUCAAUUCAGUUUUGACAUCGGAGAACGAUAUGAAAUAUCUCACCUCUACCCAUGAAAAAUCGGGAACUACUUCUCGUCUUCAAAAGUUGGAAAAGCCGAAAAAGUUUAAUGUUAAAGAGUUACGAGCAGAUUCCCUGGCGACAAAGUUGCACGACUACGAAAAGUUGACUUAUUUCAAUGACUUGUCGGUCAACGUAAUUGCUGUCAGAGAACUUGCUACCACCAACCAGAAGAGUCGCUUCAAUGUGACUUCGUAUUUCAAUAAUGCUCCGAGGCACCACUUUGAGUUUAUUUUACAAAUAGUGCACAGACAAGGCUCUGGGUACAAGUGCCAUUUUGUUGCACAUCCAUACCAUGACUUUAAGACGUUGAUGAAAUCCUUACGCAAAAAUUAUCCUGGCUUGAUUUCAACCGAAUUUCCAGAACUUCCUAGAAAGUUACAGCACGACGAUGGUGUUCCCGUCAAACAAAUUAAAGAAAUUGACGCCCAUGGACUACCUGAUAUAGUUCUUUUCCGCGAGAAACUUCGUCUUGCUUUAAGAGGCUACAUGAUGAGACUCAUAAACUACCCAGAAAUUGUCCAUUCCAGCGAGUUUCGUGCCUUCAUAUCGUCCAAUUCGUUUCCUACACUUGAUCCUCCCAUGGAGCGGGACUACAAGAUCAGAUGCCAAAACGAAACCAACAUGUUCAACACCCAGCUAGAAUUCCAAAGACAAUCAGCCAAAGUUAUGGGUGAGUUUCAAGCCAAGUUUGAACUGUUCAAGCAGCAACUCAUCAUGACACCCAACACUCUCACCAAGCUUUUUGAAGAAUUCGGUUCUGUUGAGAAAGUUGAAGAUUUAUCGCCCAUGACUUUCACAUUCGUUAGAUGGUGCAAACUUGAGUUGGCUGCCCUCAAUUACCAAAUCUUUUUAAGUCUGGACAAUGCUAGCGAAUGGCUCGCUAAAUGCAGAAAAUUCCAUGCAAUGUUUCCCUAUAGUAUCGUCUACGGUAUUCUUCGAUUCACCAAUCCUAUGAAGAUGAUGGCACGAAUUAUUGACCUUUUGCUUAUCAACAUUCCAUCGUUAUCCUUGUCGAUGCCGUUCAGUGGGAAAAAGGACUUAACGGAAGCUUCCAAGUCCACUGGAGCAAAGAACCUUCUCUCGCUUAUGUUCGUCAUGUUGUUGGACGAAGACUUGAACGACUUUUUGGCAGAAGUUGAAGAAUUGAGAAAGUCUGUUCCCAAGGAAUAUCAUAUAUUGUUGUCUCGAGUCGAUAAUUAUGUCAUGGCUGAUAGCGAUAAAAUCGAUAAGAUUAAGGAAGAAAGUGUUCAGCAAGAUGAAGACCUUUUACUCACAAUUUUGCAUACAGAUAGAAUUGGACCAAAGCUUCAACUGUCGCAUAAAGAGAUCUAUGACCAUAUAAGUGAUUCAUACUGGCAUUUCGCCAAGAUAUCAGGAAACACUAAUAUUGAGGAAGCAAAGUUGUAUUUGAAGAUCAAACAAUACUGGUUGAUCCAGUUGCGGAGAAAGGAUAAAGACAUAAUGAAAGAGCUCUGGCGGGAACCAGAGAUGACCCAGUUAAUCAAAAAGUUUGUGACUAUUUUCUAUUCACCAUUUGUUCGAGUUUUGGGCAAGGCAGAUGUACAUGUGAUGUUCCGGCAGUGGGAGAAGUUUGUGGACGAAAACUUGGAUGUGCUUACCGAGUUGAGUAACGGAGGAAUAUACUUUAUGAGUUCGAUGGAGAUUUUUAACCGACUUCUUGCAGUAUUGGAUAAGCAUGAGAACUUUUUUUACGGUGUUGUUCACAACUUGUAUAUCAAUGAUGACGAGCAUGUGUUUAGAGGGCUUGCUCAAUGGAUCGAGAAGUUCCUUACUGCGUUAAGAAUCAAGUUUGUGGAUCACUCUUUGGUCAACAUUGACAUGCUGAAUCUUCAGGCAAGCGAACCUGUCAGCGAGGAGAAGCUUCAAUUGCAAAUUGACUCGAUUGUGGAACGAACAGUGGAGAAGCGCAAACUUUACAAAGAGUAUCUCCAGAAAAAGAGUGAGCUCAAAUUCAGUAAUGCCAGUGACCAAGAUAAGUUGAAUGAUAUGUGGGAAAAGAACAACGAAAAUAUCUUUGGUGAAGGCCAAGCCAACGACUUUGGUUUAGACCAGGAUGAUCUUAACGACUUUAAUUUGAUGCAAGAAGUCGAAAAUGUGAGUGCAGACGAUGCCACUGCCGAGCUUGAUCGUCAAUUAUACAAAAAGUUGCAAGAACUUGACGAAAGAACUCUGGGUGCAACUGAUGCAGUGGAAGCAUAUGAAGAGUCAUUUGGACUCAGGGUGGCCGAAAUUCUCGAUAAAUUGGAAUCCAGUAGAUUUUUCGAAGAAAGACGUGGUAGACUGUAG